AUGUCACUGUGCAGCUGCGGCUGCCCGCACCCCACGAAGCAGACGCUUGACGUGCCCUCCAUGUACUUCUCCACCACACCGGGGCUGCUGUGCGACCGCAACACGUCGGAGGCCUCGGAGACUGCGACUCUCAGGAAGGAAAAGCUUGCCAGCCUAGUUGGCGGCCGCCUUGUUCAGUCAGUGCAGCGUGAGCAGCCGCCGCGCGGUAGCGGUAUCCAGCCGCUGCUGGACUUCAACAAGCACUGGGCCGGCGAGAUUGUGCAGCUGAACCCGGACUACUUUGUAGAGCUUGCGAAGCAGCAGAAGCCGCAGUACCUGUGGAUCGGCUGCAGUGACAGCCGCGUGCCCGCCAACGAAAUCGUCGGUCUCUACCCCGGUGACAUCUUUGUUCACCGCAACAUCGCGAAUAUCGUGUGUAACAGCGACCUCAACGCGCUCGCUGUUAUCCAGUACGCAAUCGACUGCCUGCAGGUGGAACACGUGAUCAUAUCGGGGCAUUACAAGUGCGGUGGCGUGACGGCGGCUCUGCACGAGGACCGCGUGGGUCUUGCGGAUCACUGGAUCCUGCACGUGUCGGCGGUGAAGAAGCGCCACUGGCGGCGCAUGCUCAGUGAGCUUCCCACGCGCAACCACCUCGACGCCCUGUGCGAGCUGAAUGUCCUGGCGCAGAUGGAGCACGUCGUGGAGACGCACCUGAUACAGCGUGUGUGGUCAAGGCAGAACACAGAGGAUGCCGCGGCGAAGCGCGAGAACCGCCCGUCGCAGAACAAGCCGGAGAACGAGGUGGAGAUUCACGGCUGGGUAUACGGGCUGGAGGAUGGCUUAAUUCGGCCGCUGCUGACGCUGAACCGCCGGUCGAACGUGGAGAAGGAGUUGCACAACGCCGUUGAUGCGCUCUUCUGGCGCUACGGGCAGCUGUAG